AUGAAAAAAUGUAAUACAUAUGCACCACCUAAUCUAGAAGGCAUCCCAUCGAAUCAAACGAGCCAGCUAUCCACUUCACAGAGCACCACGUCCAUUCAGUCGAAUCUGUCCACUGGAACACCUGAACCGACAGCAACACCUACCACUCCAACUCCAACUCCACCACCACCACCACCACAGACCACCGAUUCAUCAAUCGUCACUAGCAUCCCAUCGAAUCAAACGAGCCAGCUAUCCACUUCACAGAGCACCACGUCCAUUCAGUCGAAUCUGUCCACUGGAACACCUGAACCGACAGCAACACCUACCACUCCAACUCCAACUCCACCACCACCACCACCACAGACCACCGAUUCAUCAAUCGUCACUAGCAUCCCAUCGAAUCAAACGAGCCAGCUAUCCACUUCACAGAGCACCACGUCCAUUCAGUCGAAUCUGUCCACUGGAACACCUGAACCGACAGCAACACCUACCACUCCAACUCCAACUCCACCACCACCACCACCACAGACCACCGAUUCAUCAAUCGUCACUAGCAUCCCAUCGAAUCAAACGAGCCAGCUAUCCACUUCACAGAGCACCACGUCCAUUCAGUCGAAUCUGUCCACUGGAACACCUGAACCGACAGCAACACCUACCACUCCAACUCCAACUCCACCACCACCACCACCACAGACCACCGAUUCAUCAAUCGUCACUAAUACAACUGGAACAAUUUCACAAGGAAGUACAAAUACUUCAUCUGAUAAUUUGUUAACUUUAUCAUCAACUGUCGAUCACACGCCUACAAUAUUCACUGAUAAUCAAACGUCACUAACAUCUGUAUCAUUGAGUCAAUCAACCGAAUCAAUAACGACAACACCGAUUCCAACAAACACUACAACAGCCAGUAUUGUGAUUUCAAAUACAACAACGGCAACGUUUAACGAAAGUAGUACACACACUUCUAUUGAUAAUGUCCUAGUAUCAACCACAUCUGCUACACAGUUCAAUACAUCCACAGCCAAAUCGACGAUAUUAACAACUGAAGUAACCACUAAUAAAUUGAUAGAAAUAACUUCUACAUUAAUAGACCAAUCAACACAAUUUAUCACGAAUUUAUUAACAAACGCUACAACUUUGACUACUAUUGCAACAACAACCACUACAACCACUACAACAGUCUAUAUUGGCAGAGUAACCACAGUAUUUCAAAUCAAAGCAGUUUUAUACGCUACCAGUACUGGCAAGAAUGUUCCAUGGUCAAAUGAUUAUGCUGAUAAGACAUCAAAUGCUUAUAAAACUUUAUCAACAAGUUAUUGUUCUUUGCUUUUGAAUAGUUUACUAACCGAAAAUGCUCAAAUAACUCAAGGUGCAACUUGUAAAUCAAUUGAAUUCACUCGAAUUAUUUUAAGUUCACUUUCUAAACGACAAGUUCAAAGCUCCAACAAUGCUACAACUGAUGCUGUUCAAGGAAAUGCACAAAUUGAAUUACAAACAUUAACCGGUUCACAAUUGAAUCAAGCGCAAUUUUCACAAUUAUUACUGAAUGGUUAUCAAAAGCUUAAUUUAACCAGUGGAAAUUUUCUAAACAAUAUUCAAUCAACACGCAUUUCACCAACUAUCACAUGUUCACAAACUCGAUCACUAUGUGGUGAACAUGCAUCAUGUCGAAAUACUGACAAUGGUGUUACAUGUACAUGUGAUCCAAUGUGGAAAGAUGUAACUCCAGAAGAUCCAGGAAAAAAUUGUACAUUACAUCCUGGAACAAUUGCACUCAUUGUAUUUGCUGCUCUCCUAUUGGCUGCUGCUAUCGGUGCAUUAAUCUAUUUUCUAGUUCGAACUGAAUCAAUUAAAAAGUUACGAUUAAAACAAAUCACUGCAAAUUAA